AUGAGAGCUGCGAAAUCGGUUAUACAAAUUUUUAUGACUGUAAACCGAAUGACUUGUGUCCUCGCGCCGCUCAGAUAUGCACAGAUUUGGCGCCGAUUCAUCCCAUUUGCAAUUGGCAUUAUAGUUUUUUCUCCUUUUUUAGUGAUUUGGAAUGUUUUAAUAUCCUAUACAUUUCCAGUGUCCAUUUUCGGCGGUUUUACUUUGGCCUAUUCGAAAAAAGUCCGCUGGGCGAGCUUAUCACUUUUUCAAAUGAUUUUUAUGAUGAUUUCUCUGCUUAUCACUAUUUUUACAACGACUAUCACUUUAUACAAAAUGAGAAAGUUGGAAAAUCGAUUAAAAAGUUCUGAAAGGACACUUUGUUUUGCUUCGUUUUAUAUGUCGGCUGCAUUUUUAAGUGCCGCUGUGUUUCAGAGCUACUUCGCCUUCUUCAACAUUGCUGCCGCGUCCACGGAUUUAAUUUAUUUUUUACAAGGAUUUUCGUUUGAUGUUCUAAAUGUUGGAUCUCCGAUUGUAAUGAUUCUUAUCAGUGGACAAUUGAGAUAUCAUGUGAUUCCAGUCAGAGGAUUGGCUCCAAAAGGAUCAACAGUAGUUUCGGUUUCUUCAGUCAGCCGUAAAUUAUAA